AUGCUUCUUCCCAAAGGUGGCCUCAACUGGAAGGCCGCGCAGUCCAAGCUUCCCCCUUCGCGGGCUAUCUUGAACCUCGUUGCGCGCAAACGAGUCAUCGUCCUCGCUGCUAUCAUCACAGCCUUAGUUUUGCUAUGGCGCGGCGUGUCUAAUUCUGCGUCCGAGAUGCAAAGCUUCUAUUGCUGGGGCCCGUCUAAGUCGCCCAUGGACAUGACAGCAAACGACUAUGCCAGAUGGAAUGCUCAUCUGCAAACACCCGUUCUCUACAACCCCCACGCGCCGAUCGAGGUCAACUCCACCAGCAUUCAGCACGUCAACCUGAACCCCAUCACCUCCACCACCAAGGCCAUCACCAACGAAGAGCGAGUUCUCAUCCUAACUCCCCUCAAGGAUGCCUCCAAAUUCUUGCCGAAAUACUUUGACCUGCUCGCCAAGCUGACGUACCCCCACCACUUGAUCGACCUGGCCUUCCUCAUUUCGGACUCGGAAGACGACACCCAUGCCGCCCUCGCUGCCGAGCUGGACCGCAUCCAGAGCCGACCCGACAAGGUCCCGUUCCGAAGCGCUGUCGUUGUUGAAAAAGACUUUGGCUACAAGUUGAGCCAGGACAUCGAGGAGCGACACGCGUUUGCGGCUCAGGCCCCUCGCCGCAAGGCCAUGGCCAGAGCUCGCAACUACCUCCUCUACUCCGCCCUUAAGCCUGAGCAUUCUUGGGUAUACUGGCGUGACUCUGACAUUGAAGAAAGCCCCGACACCUUGAUUGAGGACUUCAUCGCCCACGACAAGGACGUCGUUGUACCUAACAUUUGGUUCCAUCGUUACGAGCAAAAUGGUCACGACAUUGAGGGACGAUUCGACUACAACUCGUGGGUCGAGUCGAACCAAGCCCUUGCUCUGGCCAAGAAGCUGGACAAGGACACUGUCAUUGUCGAAGGAUACAAGCAAUUCAGGACUGGCCGAACGUACAUGUGCCUCAUGGGAGACCGCAACCAGAACAGGGACGAAGAGCUCGAACUUGAUGGUAUUGGCGGUGUCAGCAUUCUCGUCAAGGCAGAUGUCCACAGAUCGGGAGUCAACUUCCCUGCCUACGCCUUUGAGAACCAAGCCGAGACGGAAGGCUUCGCCAAAAUGGCCAAGCGCGCCGGCUACACCGUCGUUGGUCUUCCCAAUUAUGUUGUCUGGCACAAGGACACGGACGAGAAGUUUGCCAAGGACAAAUAA